AUGAGCACAAGUGUUGAGUCAGUGAGUUUGGCGGCGGCCGCCGGCCUCAGCUCGACGAUGUGGAGAUUUUCCGAGGAUCUGCACGUCGCGAGGAGAUAUGCAUCCGCCGCCGCCGUGCGGGUUUAUCCCGGAAACCACUACAAUCAUCAUCACGCGCAUCACCAUCACCAUCAUCAUAGGAGUUUGCCACUGCUGUAUGGAGAGCCAUACCAACUGUUGAACGCUGCAUCUCAUCGUUUGGUAGCACAAGGUGGGCAGAUCCAACUGUGGCAGUUUUUGCUCGAACUGCUCGCUGAUUCGUCGAACGAGCGUUUCAUCCACUGGGAGGGAACUGGCGGAGAGUUUAAGCUCACAGACCCGGACGAGGUGGCCCGGCGGUGGGGAGAGCGGAAGGCAAAGCCCAACAUGAACUACGACAAGCUGAGCCGGGCGUUGAGGUACUACUACGACAAGAACAUUAUGACCAAGGUGCACGGCAAACGGUACGCGUACAAGUUUGACUUUCACGGGCUGAUGGACGCUUGCCGGGCCCAGGCACAGCUGGCGGAACCGACCGGCACCGGUUACCGAUAUUCACCCCACCAUAUCGAUUCCUACGGCGCUGGUCCGUCCGAAAGCAGCAGCACGAGCCCCGCGAGAAGCUUCGGAACAACAUCCGGUGGUGCCGCGGCCAGCCCCGAGUCCGUAGGCUCGUCCGGGUCAUCGACGGCGACGACGACAGCUACCUCGCACAUUCCCACCGUCGUGGCCGGUUCCAGCAGCGGAUCCGUGAGAUCACCUAUGCCGAUGCUUCCCUCCUACUGGCCACCCUAUCCGACCUACCACUCGAUGUCAGCGUCGUCGUCGUUGGUCGUACCUGGGCCGUCAUCAGCUGUUACUGGUAAUGUUGUUUCUGUCGUGACGACCUCGGCCAUUCCAACGACGACGGCUAGCGCGAGCUCGUCGACGUCAUUCAAUCAGUGAGUUAUGGAGUGAGGGAAUGUGUAACCUCAAAAUACGCGAUUGAUGUUCCUGAAUUUAAUAACUAAUAAUUCAUACAAGACAAUUCAAACACUCAGUGAUUUUUGAGUGCAUUCAGGAGCAGGAAAUGGAAUUUGAUUUUCGUUUGUUUUUUUUAAAUUAUAAUCCAAAGUUUGAUUCCCCGAAAGGUUCCAUCAAACUUGGAAUAAAUUCGGAUAGUCGAGUGUGAACUGUAUAUUUCCACAAUCAAAAGGUAAUUAAAUUAUGGAGAUUCAUUUCAUUGUUUUAUUCCAAAUUUUAAAAAAUCUUAAAUUUUCACUGAUGAUAAAAGAACAAAGAUCAAGAUUGUAAGUCCGUACUCGAUUAUUCGAAUCCCCGAUUAUCCGAUGAUUCGAUUAUCCGAAGUUGAAUUAUCCGACAUGUUUAACAGUUCAGUUCAUGGAUCUAAGGAUUUUUUUUCUCAAAAUUUAUUUUCCCUAAAAGACCACCCAGCUAGCAAAAUCUAAACUUAGACAUAACGUCAUGAUUCGAAUUCCCGGACGCUUCGAAACCCGGACACCUCAUCUUGUUUUAUCAAUUAUUUGGAUAUAAGUUCGCAUUAUGAACGUCAAAACUGAGUUAUUUGAUGAAUUCUAACAUCAACUUUCAUUUAAAGUUUGUUUGAACGCUGUAGUCAAUGCCAAACAAU